CUGGAAGAUUGGCGGCUGAGCGAUGUUUGCGUGGACAAUAGAUUUUGCCCUCAAAAGAAUCAGCGAACCUGGGGUUAUGACAUCGCGAACCGGCUGGAGAUGAACUGCGGGGAAACGUCAGCUCUAUUCGAGCCCAUAUCUAGGUUCUCCCUAAUGUUGACGUUGGGGAAAACUUGGCUUUAAAGUCACUGAGGCAUACCAAUUAUGAGCGAAUAAACGGAUAGGAAUGGACUCUCUAGGGAUUUCAAAUUGAUGAUAUGUUCUAGGUACCUCCGUGUAGCUUGCGCCGAUAUAAUUAUUAGCGUACACCAAAGGUUGAGAUCGCCUGUGAUGCCAACUGACCCAUUGUCACGGAUACUUGGUUUCUAGUCUCACGUAUGUCAUAGGUCAUCUGAAUAGGAUAGCAGAGCCAGAGUAGAAUCUUAUAUAUUUACUACCGUCCGACCUGUUGGGUUCCGGCUGCCAGCAGAAAAAUUUCAAUAUAUGCAUUUUAUCGCAUAGGUCACUCAUUGACUAACCGACACAAUGUCCACUAUCCACAACUCGUACAGAAACGACUCCCAUAACCACCAUAACCACCAUCACCACCAAAAGGUGUAUCCGAACUUUAGCUUAAAGAAUAAAGUAUACGUCGUCACAGGUGGUGGUCGAGGGCUAGGGCUAUGCAUGGCAGAAGCAAUGACAGAGGCUGGUGCCGAAGUGCACUGCCUUGAUAUACUUGAGGAACCUGCGCAUGAAUUUAUCGAAACUCAAGAGCUAGCCGCCAGAUCCCAUGUUGGCUCGUUGCAUUACCAUCAUCUUGAUGUACGUGACACGAUACUCCUCAAUGACAAGAUCGUAGAUAUCGCAGGAAGACAUGACGGAAUCGACGGUCUAGUGGCUGCCGCAGGCGUCCAGCAGAUCAUGCCUGCCAUCGAUUGUACCGCAGAGGAUAUCACACGGAUAAUGGAUGUAAACUAUACCGGGGCUUUCAUGACCGCCCAAGCCGUGGCCAGACAAAUGAUCACAUAUAAAAACCACGGCUCCAUCGUCCUAAUUGCAAGCAUGAGCGGCCUCAUCGCAAACAGAGGUUUGAUUUCGCCCGCAUACAAUGCCUCGAAAGCCGCAUUGAUUCAGCUGGCAAGAAGCCUUGCAAUGGAGUGGGGUCAUGAGGGAAUUCGUGUCAAUUCGCUCUCUCCGGGCCACAUUGUCACACCAAUGGUGGAGAAGAAUUUUGAGGAAGUGCCUGGCCUCCAGGAGAUCUGGGAGCGGGAGAAUAUGCUGGGCCGUCUGGCACGGCCGGAGGAGUUCACGGGCGCAGCUAUUUUCAUGUUGAGCGAAGCCAGCUCCUUCAUGACUGGGAGUAAUAUAAUCAUCGACGGAGGCCACACUGCUUGGUAAAGGGAAGCUUGGGUUCGGGUUUUUGUGGCGGAAUAAUGUAAUGUAGUGUAACGACUUUUCAUGUACAAGCUAAAUACUUCUUGCAUGAGCGUAUGAAUUAAUCGAUAUCAAGAGUAUCUCCAUGUGGUUCUUUCCCCCAGUUUUUAUUUUUAUUAUUUUUAUUUUUAUUUUUAUUUUU